AUGAAGAGUAAUAAACAAAGUAAUGAGGAUGAAAAGAAUUAUAUUAGGGCAAUUCGGAUCUCAAAGAUCCAUAAUCUCAAAAAUCGCCUAACCUCAGAGCUUACAAAUAGUCAAAUAAGUAUUACAAUGGAGGAUAUCUUGAAUAUUAGUGCAACAAAUGAAAUUGAUGAUGAAGAAGAUUCAGAAUAUUAUAAGAAGUUUAUGGAAUCUAUUAAAGCAACUAAUAGUAAUUCUAGUUCAAAUACUGCAGAUAUUUCGACAAAUAUUAACAAUAAUAUAUCCAAUAAAUCUACUACUGAGUCCUCUUUACAAGAAAGUGAUCUAGAUUCAAAUGAGAGUGAAUAUAUUGAUGAUACAAGCAAUUAUGAUACUAACUACGAAGCCAUAUUAACAUCUCUGGAGACACGAAGAAGAUUACCAGAGAUCGAUCAUAGUUCCAUAGAUUAUCCACUAAUUAUUAAGUGUAUCUAUAGAGAGGUUGAUGAGUUACGAAAACUCAAGAGUCAUGAAGUAAAUCAUAUUAGAUUAAUUCAUAAUGGAAUACAUGCUAAGAAAUUGAAAAGUAGACAAAAUAUACAAUCCAAAACAUCUGAAGUUGAAAAUACGGAUAUACCGAAACCUAUACUUAAGUUCUCACAAUGUGGCCUACCAUCAGGUAUAAAUAAGUAUCUACAAUCCAAAGAUAUUAUUAAACCUUUUCCAAUACAAAUGCAAAGUAUACCUAUACUUAUGAGUGGUAAAGAUAUGAUUGGGAUAGCUGAAACUGGUAGUGGAAAGACUCUGGCCUAUGUAUUACCACUUAUUCGUCAUGUUAUAAUUCAAAAAAGCAAUAAUUAUCCCUUUAACAAAAUGGAGAGGAGUAAUACAACUAUUAACACCAAUAUUCACUAUGUAACUGCUCUAAUUAUAGUCCCGACUAGAGAAUUGGCAUUACAAGUAUAUAAACAGACUAAAAUAUUAUCUAAUAUUGUUAAAUUAAAUUCAACUGUUAUAUGUGGAGGUUUUAGUAUAAGUAAUCAACUCAAUAAACUUAGAUCUGGAUGUGACAUUGUCGUUUGCACUCCUGGAAGAUUCAUUGAUAUUAUUUCACUAAAUUAUAAGAGAGUGUCAGUAUUCCAAUAUAUAUCCUAUAUUGUCAUUGAUGAAGGUGAUAGACUACUAGAUAUGGGAUUUGCUCCACAACUUACAAAUAUACUUAGUAUUAUUAGACCAGAUAGACAAUGUUGUAUUUUUUCUGCUACAUUUCCUCCAGUUGUAGAGCAACUUGUUAACAAUUUACUUACAAAUCCUAUCCAAGUAAUUGUUGGACAAAAAGGACAACUUACAAGUAAUGUUAAACAGCAUAUUGAAUUAUGGAAAGAUGAUCAAGAAAAAUUUUAUAGACUUCUCCAAUUAUUAGGAGAAUGGUCAGAAUUUGGAUUAAUUGUUAUUUUCUGUAAUAGACAAGUUGAAGUUGAUGAAUUAUAUGCCCAAUUACUUCCAUAUGGUUAUAAAUGUUUUACUUUACAUAGUGGGCAAGAUAAUAAUGAUAGACAUUCAAAUCUUAUGCAAUUCUCUAAGUCAAAUAAAGUUGAAAUUAGUUCUGGAAAUAAUAUUUUGAUUGCUACAUCAAUAUUCUCACGUGGCUUACAUAUUGACAAUAUCCUUGUAGUUAUUAAUUAUGGUCCACCGCAUCAUAUUGAGGAUUAUAUACAUCGUGUUGGACGUACAGGACGUGCUGGAAAAUUUGGUACUUCCUUCACAUUAUUACUCUCUAGUGAAAUUUCUCAAUGUUUUGAUCUUAUUGAGUUAACCCAAAAAUAUGAUAAUGAUAUUGUAAUUAUUGAUCAAAAGGUUAUAGAUAGUUAUAAUAAUGAAAAAAUAAAAUUUUGUUUUGAAAGAUCUGAACAAACCAGAAAUAAGAGGAAUCGUAAAAGUAAUUUUGGAUUUGGUGGUAAGGGAUACAAAUUUUCUAAAGAUGAGAAAACAUCUUUACAAUUACUUAAAGAUGAUACUAAAAAAAUCCUUGGACUUGUACCUGAAAAUAAUCUUGAAUAUGAACCAAUUAAUGAAUUUGAUAAUGAGAUUCAUUAUGAUGCACUUAAUAAUAAUAGGCAAACCACUACUACUAAUGUUGACUCUAACCUUGAACUUACACAAUCAUUAUCCUUAUUUUCAAAUAACACUGAGUACUAUCAAAAUAUACCAAUUAAUACUAAGGAUACUACUCAACAAGUUUCAGUAACAAAUAAAACUAAUGAUGCAGAAAAGGCACUUCUACAAGCAAUUAGUGCUGCCAGACUUAUUGAUAUUUCAAAAUCAGUAAGCAAUUCGUCAAAUAUAAAUAGUAUCAAUGGUACUAGUUCUGGAACUAUUAUAAAUGAUUCAAUUAAUUCCCAUCAUUUACUUAGUGGUCGUAUUGUUGAUACAUUUGAAAUUAAUGAUUAUCCUAGUUAUAUUAGACAAAGAAUUGUACAUAAAGAUAUACUGAAAUGUGUUAAUGAGAAUUGUGGUGUUGUUUGCCAAGUUAAGGGUGUUUAUAUACCCCCUUCAACUACCAACACUAAUAAUUCACUCAAUAUUCUUUCAAUAAAUAAUAAUAAUAACUUGUCACUAAUAAAUUCUUCAAACAGUUCUAGUAUAUUAGCGAAUCAAUCAGUACUAAGACUUGGAGAAAAUAGAAAACUCUAUGUAGAGAUCAAUGGUCCAAAUCAUAUCAAAGUACAAAAGGCAAUACAUGAAUUUAAUGUAAUUAUUAACAUGCUGAAAAAACAGCAUCAACAAUUAAAUAAUAAAAUGAAUCAUUACAAUAUUGGUAAAUAUUCAUUAUCUAAUAGACUUAACAGAUAA